AAACAGAGCUCUAUCCAAAUGGAAUCCAUAGCAGCGGCAUUGGCGACACCGCGGAUGAAAAUCUCCUCCAAUCUCAGGGAAAGGAGGGCCAAAUCCGCAGUAAUCUCUGUAAGAGCCUCGAGUGGCGGCUGCUGCGGAGGAUCGGGAUCAUCGUCGGGCAGCUGCAGUAGCCACAACAAGAUCACAAUGCCGGAUCUAGACUACAAUCCGGGCGGGGCGAGCUCGUCGAAAUCAGGGCUGGAGAACGUUGGCAAGGAAUUCGAGGCUUUAGUGGCGCAGCAAACGCUCAUAGAGCUAGAGAAGGAUUACGAGACUACACAGAUGAGAGGCACAAUCUCCAAGGAAGAGGUUCACGAGGCCAUGAACAGCGUCCCAGUGGGUAAAACUUCCACCACGCAGGGUAACUCCUGCGUGGAUAUUGACGAGUUACUGUCCGACGCGGCCGACUGUAAUUUCGUGUUCCAGCAGUGUGACGAAGAAAUCGUCUUGGUGUAAAAAAAACAUCGAGAUAUUUUGUGAUAUUUUAUAGAAUUUACGAUUGCCAUCUUACCACGCCACAUGAGCCCUAAUCUUUAGCUCCAUUCUUUCCAAUAAUGCUUUUGGCGCUCGCGACGAGGAGCUGAUGGAACCCUAGCGGGGCAAGAAAGAAGAGGGGCGAUGACGACGCCGCUCCAUAUGGCGUGCUAUGGCGAUCUCCGGGCGUGGUUCCGGAGGCGGCGCCGCGCAAUUCUCAUCGCCGCGGGCGCGCUGGGCGCGGGAUGCGUGCUCUACUACGGAUUCACCAGGUACAGCGCCGCGGCGCUCGCUAGGGCUAGGGCGGUGGAGGAGGAGGAAUCCAGGCUUAGGGCGGAGACGGAGGAGGAGCGCAUCCUCCACCUCCGCCGGCAUUGCGACGAAAUCCAGCUCCUGGCCGAUGCCACGACGCUGCCGUCGCUGCUCGCGCACCUCAGCGAGCGGCUCUUCGAGCUUGUCAACCUCUCGGAGCUCACGCGGCAGCUCAUGGCGGGCAAGGAGGGGCCGCAAGCGCUCACCCCCGACGAGAAGCUCAAUCUCUGGCAGAAGCUCAAGGUCUCCAGCUUCACAAGGACGCUGUGCGCCGCCUGGGGGAUGGGUCUCGUCCAGCUCUUCGUCCGGGUCCAGCUCAAUCUCUUGGGCAGGCAGCUCUUCAUCAGCACUGCCUCGUUCGGCGAUCUCCCGUUCAGCACCCAGCACAAGUUCCUCGCGUUUGGCGACUUCCUCCCCCUGCAUGGGAUCGCGCUUCUCGUCCAGGACGUGGAAGAAGCGGUGACCGAGGUGAUGAGAGACAUCUCCCUCAAGAAAGCGUACUCGUUCGACGAGCUCCGGGACUUGCUCAUCCAGAUCCAGGCCGCGUUCGAGAAGCAGCAGAAGGAUUGGUGCCGCUACUUGCUUCCAGAGAAUGACAAGCUCCCGGAAGAAGACUAUCCAGUCGCCGAGAGUUCUCACAGCCGAGACGAUGACGAGCAGCUGCUCGUGGCCAAAGCCCGGGACGUGAUCUCGAGCGCGGAGUUCCAGCACACGCUGGGUGCUGUGCUUGACGCUCUCCUGGACACGAUGGUGCAAGACUUGCUUCCAUACUACCAGGGCCAGCCGGCGGUGGGACUGCCGCUCGCGAAGCUCGUCCCCGCCGUUUCCAGCGUUGGAAUGCUGCUGGACAAUCGCCAAGACAGCAAGUACGUUCGAGCGGUGGCCGAGCUCCCAGAGGUGAAGUCUUUCAGCGCCAUGGUUUACGGUAGCGCAGCCUGACUAGUUCUUUGCGGCUUUUUCUCGAAUCGCGCUGGGCGACUGCUAGAUUUCGCUUGUGAAUGUAAAUCUUACACUUGGAAAAUAAUCUCGGCUGGUUCGCAUCGA